UAGAAUACCCUCCACUUCCUCCCCAGGAUUUCUUUUCUGUUGAAUCCUUAUUCACAAUGCUUUACUUUCAGUUGGUGAUCAUGGCAGGGACUGUCAUGCUGGCAUACUACUUUGAGUAUACAGAUACUUUCAACGUGCACAUCCAGGGAUUUUUCUGUCAUGACAAUGCCUAUACGAAGCCCUAUCUCGGACCAGAGGAGUCCAGUGCGAUCCCACCAGCCAUCCUGUAUGCGGUGGUCGCAGGGGUCCCAGCACUCGUGAUUACAGUGACAGAAUCCGUGCUCUUUUUGCUGCAGUAUGUCUCAGAGGAUCUGGACAAUCGAGAGAAGAUCAUUGUGAUGGGCGACUGUUGUUAUCUCAACCCUCUGGUCCGAAGGACAUUUCGUUUUCUUGGUGUGUACGCAUUUGGCCUCUUUGCCACAGAUAUCUAUGUAAAUGCCGGGCAGGUGGUAACAGGAAAUCUGUCUCCAUACUUCCUGACGGUGUGCAAACCCAACUACACAGCACUGGGGUGCCAACAGGUGGUGCGUUUCAUCAACCAACAGGAAGCCUGCACAGGCAAAGAAGAUGAUAUCUUACAAGCUCGCAAAUCCUUCCCAUCCAAAGAGGCGGCCAUCAGUGUUUAUGCAGCUCUUUAUAUUGCUAUGUACAUCACAUGCUCGGUGAAGGCCAAAGGGACACGGCUGGCCAAGCCAGUGCUCUCUCUGGGGCUCAUUUGUCUGGCCUUCCUAACUGGGAUUAAUCGAGUGGCGGAGUACCGCAACCACUGGUCUGAUGUCAUUGCUGGCUUCAUCAUCGGAGGAGCCAUUGCUGUCUUUAUGGUGGUGUGUGUGGUGAAGAAUUUCAAAGGGAAGCCCUUACUAAGUGAGAUACCGCCGGAGGAAUGUGUGUCCAGUGGUCCCAUGAUCACUCAGCCUAGCAUGGAGCACACUAUGGAGAAAUACAUAGCAUCCCAGAAUCCCAUCACCUAUGCUGAGAUCACAUGACAGUGAAAAGCCCACAAGCCAGAAUGCUGUGGAUAAUGUUGCUGCUCUCCAAUGCAUCUUUUUAUUUUGUGUGCAAUGCCUGUGCAAUUUUUACACUUCCAUUUUUAAGUGUCAAAAAAAUAAAUACAAAUCUAUACCUUGAUGUACUCCUUUUAACCCCAUUUUUUGUUAUCCCUACUUUUAUUCAAACAUAUUACUGUUGGCAUUUUUUGUGGUUGAAUAUACAGGGUAUGGAGUGAAUGAGAAAAUGCAACAUGAUGUCAUAUGAAAUGUAUAAUGUAUAACAUAUCCUGAUGUACUAUUUACAACUGUGAGUCCAUUGCUGAAUUUACAAGAGGUUUCUGCCUGACAAGAAGAAUUGCUGUUGAUUCUCAUAGAAAUCAGGUUCUUCUAUGAUUUGGUCUGAUGCUAGAUUUGUAAUUCUUUUCUUUUCUGCCUGCCAUAACAUAUAACAUCAACACAACACAUUUUUCAGAGAAGCAGACUUUUUCAGUGUUGCAUCAGAUUAUUCUAUGUAUUUUAAAGCAUGUUUAAAUCCCCAGUAAGGUUUAGUUAUGAUUUGCUAAUUGCUAGUGGAAACAGUAUUGUGGGAGGGACAUUCUCAUUCUAGCGAGCAUCUGAUUGGUCAAAACCCAGUGUAGUACAGGAUGAGUCAUCAAUUUUUUUGUUCAGUUUUUCAGAAAUGUAUAUGAAUAUACUAGCAAAUA